AUGGCACAGGCAUUGACUGCCAAGGACAAGGCCCUCAAACGGCUUCAAGAGGGCCGAGCGGUACACAACGAGUACAAAGCUGCCGCAGAGCCCACUGAGUCGCUCAACGUCUCGAAUACACCUAUCUUGUACUAUACCGUGCAUGAUGCCAACUUCCGGCAGGUCAACGAGGGUGUUGUUUAUGCGCACUCGCUCGAGGAACUCUUCUUCCAAGCGAUAGACAAUGCCGACCGUAUUGGCUCCCUCGAUGCAUUGUUCAGCUUACGGCCGGACUUCACGCCCAGGAACCUGACUAUCCGCGAUCUAGUCUUGACAUCCUUUGUUGGCUCUGAUGACGGCAACAUCUCAAGUCUUCUCUGCUGCCCAUAUACAAGCGACAAGGCCUUUGAAGCGGACACUUCUCUCAGUGCGAUUUGCAUGUCUGAGUUUGUGCCCAACACGCGCGACUCGCCCUUACGCAUCUCCGUCAAUUCAACAAGCAAGAAUUGGAGUGCUAUGAAAGGUUUGUCUCUCUUUGGGCCCAAGAGUGAUAAGCUGCUGAUUGAACUUAACGAACGUGUCAAUAAGCGGCAAAUUGUUGCACUACGCAAUGAUCCAGAGGGAUGCAUUCGAUACUCCAAGGCCUCACUGCAGCUACUCGCUGAGCAAAAGGAGAAAGAAGCGGCUGAACAAGCGGCAGCAGAUGCAGCUGAGCGCGGGACAGAGGCUGAUUCGGAAGGUGGGAGCAAGACUGACAGCACGACCUUGCCAACUGCGGUUCCUGUUGCUAGCUCUACCACUGAAGCAGCCGAGGAUGCUACGACCACAGCUACGAAAGCGCCUGUACGUCCAAAGCCAGUCUCGCAGCCCUCUGCGUACAGCCUUGCUGCGAUCUCAGGUCCCUUGAGAGCUGCCAAGAAUGAAGACAAUGUUCGCCAGGAGUUGGAUGCUGAUGCCAUCAGUGCAAAUGUCAACCAUCCUGCAUUCGAGGAGGCACCUGCCAAUGAUGAAAGUCCCAGGGAAGCUUCCGCUUGA